CUCGUCUGUCUCACACAGUGGGAUUGCUAGAAAGGAGAGAGUGAAGAGGAUACUUGGAAAUACAUCAGCCCUAGUACCUUACUGGAUUUGUGUUUCUCUCUCACUAAUCCCAUUGAAGAGCAUCUUUCCCCUGAUCAAUACUGGACAGCAUAAUAAGAGAGACCAUGAGCGGGAACUAUAGCGUCACUCUGUUAGGGCCGGCCCCUUGGGGCUUCAGGCUCCAAGGAGGGAAGGACUUUAACAUGCCACUCACCAUCUCCAGGCUGACGGAUGGUGGGAAAGCAGCUAAAGGUGGUGUUGCAGUUGGAGACAUGGUUCUUUCCAUUGACGGUAUUUCUACAGAGGGCAUGAACCACCUGGAGGCCCAAAACAAAAUCAAGACCUGCGUUGGGAACCUUAGCCUCACUCUGCAGAAGUCAAGCGUUGCUAAACCUCCUCCAGUGGCACCAAAGGACAACCGAACAGACCUCAUAAAACCAGUAGCCAUCACCCAUCCAUCUGUUCCACAACGUCCACAGUCUCAGUGCUUUGCCCUACAGAACAAGCCCCCCAAACCUUAUGGGUGUUUCAGAUCUGAGGGCGCAUAUUCUCCUUUACAGUCACCUUUCACCACCGUCAUCCCCUCCCCAUCCUCUGCCUUCACUCCUGCCUCAUCCCUCGUUAGUUCCCCCCACCCUCAUCCCCCUUCUCCUCCUUUGGUCUCUUACCCAUCCUCUGCAUCCUCUUCCUCCUCCCCCCCUGUGCUGGUCCCACCUCAGCCAUCAGUGUAUAACACACCAAUCAACCUCUACUCCACUGAGAAUGCGUGUGAGGUGGCAAUGGGGCAAAGGCGGGGCCUGUUGGAGAGUCAGGGAGGAGCCUUACUGCAGUUCAACGGUGGUCCUCAAAAUGUUUUGAAAGUUCCCCGGAAACAUGUUGUGGACACAGACAUCCACUUUUACCAUAUUCCCUCUCACGCUGAUGCCAGCAGAAAGCGUAUAAUGGAGGACACAGAGGAUUGGCGCCCACGCACAGGAACCACCCAGUCCAGAUCUUUUAGGAUUCUGGCUCAGAUCACAGGCACAGAGAACGCUCAAAAUGAGGAAGCUGAUACAUCAAAGAAGACAAAUGAGGAGGAUGAGGAAACACAAUUUAACUCCCAUGAAAAGGCUGUCGUCAAAACAAUGAUCAAAGGAACUUCCUCAAAUCAAGGUCAAGGGGCUCAGAGUGGUUUGAUUACCCCAUCUUUUGGAAUGAAGGGUAACGGCAGUGCCAGUGUCCUCACCGGUCCUGUUCCAGCAAGACCAGUGCCUCAACCCCACCCUAAAGAUGAGGACACCCUGGUCCAGAUGGCAGAGCAUAUUCCUGCUGGGAUGCGAACCCCUAUGUGUGCCCACUGCAACAUGGUGAUCAGAGGACCUUUUUUGGUGGCAAUGGGAAAAUCCUGGCACAAGGAGGAAUUCAACUGUGUCCACUGCUGUACAUCUUUGGCAGAUAUAGGCUUUGUGGAAGAAAAGGGAUCUGUGUAUUGUGAACACUGCUAUGAGGAGUUCUUUGCACCAACCUGCAGUCGCUGCCAUGCCAAGAUAUUGGGGGAGGUGAUCAAUGCUCUGAAGCAAACAUGGCAUGUCUAUUGCUUCAUGUGUGCUGCCUGUCAGCAGCCAAUCAGAAACAACACCUUUCACCUGGAGGAGGGAGAACCCUACUGUGAGCAAGACUUUUACAGCUUGUUUGGUACUGGUUGCCAUGGCUGUGAGUUCCCCAUUGAGGCUGGGGACAAAUUUCUGGAGGCCCUUGGUUACACCUGGCAUGAUACCUGCUUUGUGUGUGCUGUUUGCUGCACGUCUCUGGAAGGACAGACCUUUUUUUCCAGAAAGGAUAAACCUCUUUGCAAGAAGCAUGUACACACAGUGAAGAUUUGAACCACCAAAUCUUGAAUAUUUGCUGUCACUUGUCUGAGGAUGAAAGAAUACUGACCUCCAGGCUGGUGGUCCCUCUUCUCAGAGGAUAAUUCAGUGCUUAUAUUUAAAAGUUAAAUGAGGAAAUAACCAAAUAGUUUAACUUUAUUUUAUUCCUUAAAUACAUUUAUUGCACUUACAAACACAAGACAUUGCACUUUUUGUUUGUUAAUUUUGUAACACCAGUUAUUACAAUUUUCUUACACAGAAAUAUAGAGUUUGAUUAAUUACAUAAUCCUUAUUUUAAUUAAAAAUUUUCUCUGUAUGCUUAGAAUAUAAUCUGCACCAAUCAUUAUCCAUCACAUAUUGUUAUUGUUAAAAAAUUAAAAAUAAAAUUGCAGCAUGUUCAUAUCCAGACAUAAAAUGUUUCCUA